AUGCAUUUCUCCAUCCUUGCCCUCGCCGCGUCUGUGGCUGCUCUGGCGACUGCAUCUCCUACUCGUCGCGUCGCCGGCAAAGUUCCUGUCAUCAACAGCACUCAACCCUUCUACCUCUUGACCACCGACUCAGAAACAUACUCUGACAACGCCACUCUCCUGUCGAACGUAUCCUUGACCACCCUAUUCAGCCCUUACUACCAAUCAAACUAUCUCUUGCGUCUCAUUGCUCCAGGUUAUGGUAGUGUGCCCCAGUUCACGCUGGGUGACGGUAUCCUGCACACUCCUACUAAGGGACCUCAUGGUAUUGGUGACUUCAUCUACAACAGCAGCGAAGUUCACACCGGCUCGGAGCUGCAGUUCAGGGCUGAGCAAGCAGGACCUGGCGACCUGGGUCUCAAGAACGGCUAUCUUCUUGGCGUCAACGGAAGCAGCGACGGAUGGACAAUCGAAUGGAAGGGCACAAAGGAGGGCUGCACCCAGACCUACAUUCAGGCAGCCCUGAACGUACCUUACUAG